AUGGCAAGCAACGAGCUCACUAUCAUACCCAUCGAGGACUUGCCGGAUCUUCAACGUAUGUACCUACGAGACUGGCCUAAUCAUGAGACACCGUACAGCGUUGUCGAGAAUUACAUCAGAUGGUAUAAGAUCGACCGUAAGCUGAAGGAUGUUGCCAUUUUAUCGCUUCAUGAAACGUGGCGUAAGACUGGCACAUUUAUUGUACAGGAUCGGUAUAAACUCUAUUUCUAUUCGCUCGAAGAUACCAACAGCACACUUAUUCGGGCACUGGAACUGGUUGAUUGGGACUAUUCGUGGAAGAUAUAUGCAUGCCACCCAAAGCACUGGGCCGCGUUUUGUGAAGUUCAGGAAAAGCAUAGUAUAGAGCUACAGUGGAAAUCAAUCACCGAUACACGAUACAUGAGCAAAGAACAAGCACUGUUGAUCAAUAUCGAACUUCCUGCUGGAGUUCGCCUGGGUACUCUGUCGGUCGAGCAUGCUCGAACAGUUAACGAAAUGUGGCCUCACGUGGCCGUCGGAUCAGAGUUUAUUAUGAAACGCUUUAUCUUGUGGAACGAAAACGUUGCCCUGUUCGAUGAGUCCUCUAACGAGCUGUUGGCCUGGUGUUUACAACUUCUGACUGGAGCGCACGGUAUCCUCCAGGUUCCUAUCGAACACAGCCGCAAAGGCUACGGUACGAUUAUUCUCAAAGCUAUGGCUAAGAAGCUCGCCAAAGUGGGUUAUAAUUCGUACGCAUACGUCAUCAACACAAACGAACCUUCUAGGGCGUUGUUUGACAAGGUUGGCUUUCAGAACGUAGGCACUAUGUACUGGGCUCGUACUGUUGCUAGGAAACUUGUCGAAUGGGAUCACUAG